AGACUUGAACCGAGUUGGUUGCAGUUACAGGAAAUAACAGUGAGUGUCUGCGCUGAGACUCCGCAAAGAUUUUUUUGGGGGUUAUAUACACACACACCCCCCCCACCCCCUCCUCCUCCAUUAAACAGGAAUACUUACCGGCAAUGCUGCACCUUCAGACAACCGCCAGGCCCGAAGGGCACAGCCAUGGCCCGGUUCCAACAGGAAAAGAUCACCACCAGCCCCCGGGGGGGAAAAUCAACCAGAAGAGGGCCGUGUUGGGGGAACUGUCGAACCUGCAGUCUCGAGUACAGCCCUUCCGAGCGGCAAAGCAGGUGACUUCAGCCAACAGAGGCUCCUGCUUUUCCGAGGGAGGAUUGGGAGGGAUUCCAGCCACUACCAAAGAUGUCCAUCUCCCACCGAAAGACCGGUUCAUUGUUUACCAAGAUCUGGCCUCCGACUGCCAGCAGAACGAACCUGCGUCGAAGUCUCGGAGCACUCUUCCUUCAGAUGCGAACUCCCAACCGGUUCAGAGCAGAAAAGAAUCCCUCGACACGAGCAUUGGCUCUCCAAUGGUUUUGGAUACAUCGCUGGAUUGUGUGGCAGAAGUCAAGCUCUCCAGUGUGCUGUCGGUAUCAGAGUAUGCAAACGAUAUCUUCAAACAUCUCAGAAAGGCAGAGGUAAAAUGCAUGCCUAAAGCUACCUAUCUGUCCAAGCAGCCUGAUAUCACAAAUGGCAUGCGGGCCAUUCUAGUCGACUGGCUGGUGGAGGUUGGGGAAGAAUACAAGCUGCAUAACGAGACUCUUCACCUAGCUGUCAACUACGUUGAUCGUUUUUUGUCAUCUAUGUCAGUGCAGCGUGGGAAGCUGCAGCUUGUAGGAACUGCUGCUAUGUUUCUGGCAUCGAAGUUUGAAGAGAUUUACCCUCCAGAAGUCGGGGAGUUCGUUUACAUCACAGAUGACACGUAUACCAUAAACCAAGUUCUGAAGAUGGAGACUCUUGUGCUGAAAGUCCUGUCCUUUGACUUGGCUGCACCGACCAUAAUCCAGUUUUUGAUGCACUAUUUUAGACAACAGCAGCUGAACAGCAGAAUAGAAAGUUUGGCUCUGUACCUGGGAGAGUUGACCCUAAUUAACGCAGAUGCUUUUCUUAAAUACUUGCCAUCGAUGAUUGCAGCGGCAGCCUUCUGCCUGGCCAACUACACCAUAACUGGCUUUUGCUGGACUACAGUGCUUGAGAAUUUCUCAGGAUACAGCAGUAAAGAUAUUCACUCAUGCCUGACUGACCUACACCGGGAGUACCUCAAAAUUGCAGAGCAUCCUCAACAGGCAGUGAGGGAGAAAUAUCGUGGCUCGAAAUAUCAUGCUGUGGCCAAGAUUGACCCACCACUCUUCCUGCUUGAGUAAUUAAACUUUAUUCAGUUCCCUCUGACGGAAGCCAUUGUGUCCUUCCAGGAAGGCCACGUGUAUAUAAAUAGAUGCUUUGAUCUGAUACUAAGAUGGUGGGGGAGGAAGAAUCAUUGUUGUAGCCUUAAAUUCUAAAGUUGGCAAAUCUUGUUCAAUUCAUAGUUGUCCUUGUUUUUAUAAGCGGUUACUGAGAUUUUUUUUAUAAGCGGUUACUGAGAUUUUUUUUUAAGUGUUACUAAGGUCUAAUUUCUAAUAACCUAAUUGUCAUUUGUUACUUGUAUAACUAUAGACAUCAGCAAUAAAGCUUUUUAU